AUGUCCUUCCUCCUCCACGGCAGCACAGGACACACAGGCAUGGGCUGGGUCGAUCUCGUCCCCCGGGCGGGUAAACUCUACAUCGGCGGUCUCUACGCUCUAUACCAAGGCGACCUCAUAGAUAAAGCAGGCAUUACGCACGUUCUAUCUGUGAUAGAUUAUGAUCCUUUACUGCAGGAGAAAUUUAGGCAUUUGAAACAGUACAUCGACACAGCUCUAAAUGCCGAGAACGGCGGUGUAUUCAUCCACUGCGCAAUGGGAAAGUCCCGGUCCGCAACACUCGUCUGCGCAUACUUGAUCUGGAAGUACAACAUCACCCCUGCCGCAGCGCUGGAGCAGCUAUGUGAGGGACGACCCGUGUGCGAUCCAAAUCCAGGGUUCAAAGAGCAGUUGGAGGUGUGGGGGGAGAUGUGUGGGGUUAGUAGCGAGGAAGAGAAGAGGAAUGUGUAUGAGGCGUGGGAGAAAGACAGAUUUACAGGGGAAGUCUGGGAGUGGGAAGCUCGCUUGGAUAAAACGCGAGAACAGCAGUCACAAUCAAAAGUGGCAAGGUCAAAGUUGUAG